CGAAGAAUUCAUUCCUUAUAUUUCUAAAUCUGAAGGAUUAUAUAUCACAAAUUGGCGCUUAGGCCAUUAAAUUCAGUUCGAUUUGGCCGCUUAAUGCCACGAAGUCAGCGAAAACGAUUUUGGCUCUUCGCUGACAUGAAAGGCCAAGGAUCGCAGCCAUUUCCAUUACCCAUCUUCGUAUUUAUCGUGUUCACCAGCUUUAGCUUUGAAUCUACAGCUGAAUUUGACUCGUUGCUGCAGCUUCCACUUUCUGGGUCCAACGCGACUCGGCCCAAAUCCAAACGGGUUUUCGAUCUUCGCGAUUUUGGGGCAAAAGGAGAUGGGUUUAGCAACGAUACUCAGGCACUCUUGGCUGCGUGGAAGAUGGCUUGUUCUUUCCCCACUCGAACACGAGUUGUUUUUCCAGCUAGUAACACAUUUCUGGUGCACCCUAUUGAGCUUCAUGGUCCUUGUCGGUCAAGGUUGACCUUGAGGAUAUAUGGCACAAUCAAUGCUCCAAAAGAUCCCGAUGCCUGGGCUGGUCGAAAUCCACGGAAAUGGCUUUACUUUCGUGGGGUGAACCACCUGACUCUUGAAGGCGGAGGGGAGAUUAAUGGAAUGGGAUACGAAUGGUGGAUGCGAUCUUGCAAGAUUAACUCAACAAAUCCUUGUCGACAUGCUCCUACAGUAAGACGUUCUUCUGCUGCCAUGACUUUUCAUAAAUGUAAAAAUUUAAAGAUUCGUCAUCUAUUGGUAAUUGACAGUCAACAGAUGCAUGUUUCUUUCACAAACUGUCUCCGAGUCGUAGCUUCUGAUCUCAAAGUGAUUGCUCCUGCCUUUAGCCCAAAUACUGAUGGAAUCCAUAUCAGCGCAUCAAGGGGUGUCACGGUCACGAAUAGCAUCAUUAGUACAGGAGAUGACUGUAUCUCUAUAGUGAGUAAUUCUUCUCGGGUCUUGAUCAGAAACAUUGCCUGUGGUCCGGGCCAUGGAAUAAGUAUUGGAAGCUUGGGAAAGCAAAAUACGUGGGCGCAGGUCCGUAAUGUAAUGGUUGAUGGAGCUGUUCUAUCGAACACCAAAAACGGAGUGAGGAUCAAAACAUGGCAGGGUGGCAGUGGCUUUGCCACUGAUAUUACCUUCAAGAACAUAUUGAUGAAAAAUGUAUCAAACCCGAUAAUCAUAGAUCAGUAUUACUGCGACUCGGAUCUUCCAUGUGCAAACCAGACAUCAGCUGUUAAAGUGGGAGACAUAUCAUUCAUUCACAUCAAAGGAACUGCAGCAACAAAGGAAGCAAUAAAAUUUGCUUGCAGCGAUACAUCGCCGUGUGAAGACUUAUUUCUGGAAGACAUUCUUCUCUUAUCGAAUGAUGGCGAUAUUUUGACUUCUCUCUGUUGGCAAGCACAAGGUUCGAAUUCAGGGCCCGUUUAUCCACCGUCGUGCUUUCUCAGUAACGAAAACUUCAUUGAGCAGGUGGUCCAGCCUGACCCUGUUUCUCAUUCCUUUUAGAUUCAACUUCUAAAGCUUUAUAGUUGCAACUUGCAGAAGCUUAUGAUGUGCUGCAUUCUGUAUUGUCUAUUUGCCAUCUCUGUGUACUCGGCCUCCAUUUCCCACUGGAUUUGCCAGAUGAGGUUGUGAUAUUAUACUAUUUAA